CGGAGCAGCGGGCCCUGGCCGCGUCGAUCACGGCACUGGCUGGCCGAUACGUCACUUCCAGGCGUGGUGAAGUACGCGUCUCGUACGUGUACGAGCGAUAAAACGCGGACGCGAGUGUGCGCGAUCGCACGGUGGAUGUCGGUGGGCAGUGCUGAAAAUGGCCGUGUACGUGGACAGUUUCGCCGCUGAGACCGCCGAUCCUCGAUCCGAGGGAUAGCUUCUGCGCGCGUCACGGCGGAACGCGAUCUCUCGCACGCGCGCGCGCGCGUAAACGAUACGUCACUCUCGCCCCCUCGAUGGACGGACAUUGCGAGACGGAACGGAGCGUUGUCGACCCGAUUGCGGCUACAUUCCGGCGGACACUGCAACAAGGGGGAAGCGAGCGGACGGUGGAAUCGGGACUCGAAUCCAGGACUCCCUAGCCUAGCAUCACGUCGUGGACUCGUGGCGCCUGAUCGCGCGUGUCAGAGAAGUCGAUGCAUUAUUCAUCGCGCAUAUAAUUACCGAAGAUCGUCAGCAAUGGGUCGCGCUCGUCUUCUUAUCUGCACCGGCAGCGGUCCGCACCCGACGAUCAAUUAAGAAGCGCGACUCCGGAGUACGCAAAGAUGCGGGAGUGGUGCGGCACAGUCCCCUGGUGCCCAGCCAUCUAGGGAUCUAGAAGAGACAUCUGCGCCCACACAGGAAGCUGUUAUCCUGCGAUGAAGUAGACGUUGCAGCAACGUCCGACUGUGCGCAGAGUGCUGGAAGUGUCCCUUUAAAUGCGCCACGUGUCACAGUGCCGUGGAACGACAGUUUACUGAAUUCCGCUGCGCGCCGAGCGAAAAUUAUAUUUGAUUGCCGGCUCGAUAGCGCGUUUGUUUGGUAGCCACACUUUGUACAGAGUGUCGCAGAGUGUCGUUGAGGAUUUCUCGAUUGUGCGUUCAAGUUACGUAGUAGUCCAGUGUCUGAGUGUACGUGCGUUUACGUUGCAACGCGGCCGGCAGAAUGUCGUUCUUGUCGAAUCUGAAGAAAGCGUUCCACUUCGGUGGCAACGACGCGAAGAAGAAGAAGCUCUACAACAACAUCAAGAUGGACUGCAACCCGGAGGAGUUCUGGGAGAUGGUGGGUGAACUCGGAGACGGCGCGUUCGGCAAAGUCUACAAGGCGCAGCACAAGCAGUCCAACUAUCUUGCCGCUGCAAAAAUGUGCGCACUCGAGGGCGAGGACGAUCUUAGCGAUUUUAUGAUUGAGAUUGAUAUCUUGUCGGAGUGCAAGCAUCCCAACAUCGUUGAGUUGCACGAGGCCUAUUUCAUUGAGGGGAAAUUAUGGAUGUUAAUUGAAUACUGCGACGGUGGUGCUGUUGAUUCCAUAAUGGUCGAGCUGGAGAAAGCACUGACCGAGAUGCAGAUAGCGUACAUCUGCCAACAUAUGACGAAGGGUCUUGCCUUCCUGCACAAGUCCAAAGUCAUUCACAGGGACUUGAAGGCAGGAAACGUCUUGCUGACCAUGGCCGGGGGUGUUAAAAUAGCUGAUUUUGGAGUAUCCGCAAAGAACAAGCAUACUCUGCAGAAGCAUGAUACGUUUAUUGGUACUCCUUACUGGAUGGCACCCGAGGUGGUCCUGUGCGAAACGUUUCGCGACAAUCCUUACGACUUUAAAGUGGAUAUCUGGUCUCUUGGUAUAACUCUGAUAGAGUUUGCACAAAUGGAGCCACCGAACCACGAAAUGUCGCCGAUGCGAGUGCUACUUAAAAUACAGAAAAGCGAUCCGCCGAGGUUGGAUCAGCCGGGGAAAUGGAGUAAGGAAUUUAAUGAUUUUAUAGCUAAAGCACUUAUAAAGGACCCGACCUCACGACCCAACGCUGACGAUUUGUUAAGACAUCCGUUCAUAAGCCGAAAUUUAGAUUCAAAGCCUGUCAGGGAUUUGUUGCUUGAAUAUAAGGCGGAUGUUGUCGAAGAGGAGCUGGUAGAUGACGAAGCGGAGGAGCAGCGCACGUCUCAGCUUCCCCUGGAGCUGGAUCAGAUCACAGAUGACUCCGCCCCUGCGCGUCCUGAUGCUGAUGUUAAAAUCGCCGAAAAGGAGAAUCUCGUGGCAGUGCCCGCGAAGAAGGAAGAAAGCCACAAGCGCGAGAUCAAUCGGGAUGGCGAGAAGGAGGACAAGAACAAGAGAUUACGUAAGGCUGAGUCCAAGGAGAACAUACAGCCCCCUGCCGAGAAGAAGCAGGCACCUAAGCCACCGAGCGAGACAAGCGAGCGUAGAUUAUCUCGAGAUAAAGGGCCGGCGCCCCCGCCGCCGCCCAUGCGUCAAGACAGCGAGGAGAAGAAGAAGAAAGACGACGAGAACGUCGUGAAGGACAUGGAGAAAAUUAACGCCACGAAACCGGCGGACAAGAAUCAGAAGCCUAUCGAAGACAAACUGCAAAGCAAUAAAUUGUCGCACGAGAAGAUGGCAGAUCAACAGGCGAAUGUUAAGGAGCCGAGAAACUUGGAGAUGGAGGAUCAGAUGCAAAACGAACUGAAUAGUUCCGAGAAGAUGAAGAAGUCCGAGAGCGAAGAGAGCGGCAAGCUCUUCGAUAAUAUAAAGCGAUUCGAAAAUCAGCAGAAGCUGAUGAACAAUAAAUCGAGCCCGGCUUCGAGGAAGCAAUUGAGCGUGAACGAGAAACGCAAGUCGGCACCUGUGAAGCCGGAGAUGAUCGAGGACUUGUCGAAGAUUAUAUACAAUAAGCAGUUAUCUCUAGAGGAUAAAAACGGAACAAAGAAUAAGUUGUCGUCCGUCGAUGACGUAACGAAUUACGAGUUGCCAUCCCGCGAGAAGGAGGACUACAAGAGCCUGGAGGAAAAGCGAAAGUCCGUCGGCGAGAAACUCAACGCCGUGUUGGAGAAACGAUUGUCCAUGGACGCGGGGAAAAGGAAGAGCGACGGCUCCAUGGACACGUCAAAGCACAUAUCUGUCGCGUCGACGUUCCUGUCGGAGAAGAACAAGAACGUUAAAGCCAAUUCGACGGAGGACAUCAAGACGCAGUUUGGCGUCGCGAAGACUGAGAGUCCCGUGAAGAGCCGUAGCGCGGGAUCGUCCAGGAACGACUCCCUGGAGAGCUUCUCGGACGAGUUGCACACUAAAACGGAUAGCGCUAAGACGGAAUACAGUCAGGAGGACACGGUGAGCGACGACAAGAGCUCGGAGAAACAGGAUUCGGGUAUUAACGUGUCGGUGAUCACGUCGACGCCGAUCAGGAGCAGAAAUGGCUCGAGGAGGAACAGCGGGGACAACAUAGUAGUCAUUACUGGAAAAGCUCAACCUGAGCAAGAAGUACGCUUAAACACAUCGACCGUUCGUAUCACUGCCGAUUUGCCAGACAUGUCGAACAGUCUGGCAAGUAAUAUAAGUCAGGUAACCGUCGUGACGACGCAUCCGCCUGUGUUGGUGGAUGCGCCGUCGGCAGCAACAGCGGCGGCGGCGGCGACGACGACGACGCCUCUCUCACGUCGCACUUCUCCGACGUCGGAAGUCGUUAUCGUUGCCAACGAGAUGAACAAAACGCAGGUAAACGACAAUUCUAUCGACGACGACGCGUUCCCUAGUCUGGACAGCCUGGAAUACACGCCGCAGGAGCAGCCUAUUGUACUUACUGACGUGUCUAAGAAAAUUGGCAAGAGGCUGGACGAGUCAGAGGUGAUCAUAGUGAGUCCGAUCGUGGAGCUGCAAGAUACGAGUCACGUGUCGGUAGUCACCGUCGGCGAUGACAGGGAGCAAGUGAAGGACUCGUCGAUAUCCAAGAAGCACAACGUUAUCCGCACCGGUUCGUCUCACAGUGAUUUGAGCUCGAACGAGAGAUCGAGCCUGAAGAGCGACAGUGGAGACGAAGGCAGCAAGGUGACAGUUGCCAGCGCAGCAGCAAUCGACUCGCCGGACGCGGACGAUUACGAGAGAAACGCGAAGAAGGUAAACGGACUGAUCAAGAACGAGAUGCCGCAUCACGCCGAGGACAGAAUCGUCAAGACGGUCAAGUCGAAAGAGGUCAACGUCAAGGGUUUCGGCAAGGAGAAACGCGUCUCUCCGGACAGCUUCGAGGGUUCCAGGUCUCAGAGCGACUCCAGUUCCAUAAGAUCACAUACGCCGAGCAAGAGCAUCGAUCGCUCGGACGCCGAGUCCAUCUCGACGACGAUCAGCCAAGAUAGCAGAGAAUCGAACAAGGAGAAUCGCCUGAAUCAGACUCAGCAUACGGAGGUCGACGAGGAGGUCGUCCUGCGCCGCAAGCCGGACUACAAUCGCGAGGUAUCCCGACCGACCAGGACGAAGGAGGACAUACAGAUGAUGAAUCUGAAGAAGAAGACGAGGAAGCGCACGAGGAAGUUCGAGAUUGACGGCGUAGUUGUGACGACAACGACCUCGAAGGUGAUAUAUGGCGACGACGAGAACGGCAAGGUGUACGACGAUCAGAUAUUCCGGAAGCAAGAACUGCGGGAGCUGAAGAUGCUGCAGAAGAUGGAGCAGAAGCAAUUCCAGGACCUGGCGCAGAAGGCUCAAUUCAACAAGGACCAGCAGGAGAAACGUUUCGAGCAGGAACGCCAGCUGUUGGAGCGUAGCGCCGAGGCGGACCUGGAGACUCUCGCCAGGCAGCAGAGACAGCAAAUCGAGCGUGCCGAGGCGCAGCAGGAGGUCGACUUGCGACUGGCGUCCAAGAAGAUCCGCAGCGAGCAGGAGAGGGAGCUCAAGCAGUUCCGGGAAGGCCUGAAGCAGGAACUGAGACUGCUCAAGCAGGAGAUCGACCUAAUGCCAAAGGACAAACGAAAGAGUGCGUUCAAGAUACGGAAGGAGAAGCUCGAGGCGGAACACGAGGAGCGCGAGAAGCUGUUCCUGGAGAAGCUGAACGAGAGUCACGAGAUGUCGUUGAGGCGACUGUCGGACGGUCACCGUGAGAAGAUCGCGCUGAUGGAGAGGCAAUUCCUGCAACAGAAGCAGCAGCUGAUGCGCGGCAGGGAGGCGGCGAUCUGGGAGCUAGAGGAACGGCAGAUACACGAGCGGCAGCAGCUGCUGAAGAGGCAACUCAAGGAUGUAUUCUUCCUGCAGAGACACCAGAUGCUGAUACGACACGAGAAGGAGCUCGAGCAGAUGAAGAGGAUGAACCAGAGGAAGGAGGAGGAGCUGAUCAAGCGGCAAACGGUCGAGCGCAGGAAUCUGCCGAAGAGGAUCCGCAACGAGAUGAAAGCGCGCGAGAUGAUGUUCCGGGAAUCGAUGAGGAUCUCGAUGUCGUCGGUGCUUGCGCCAGAUCCCGACGCCGAGCGCGAGAAACUGAAAAAGUUCCAAGAGAACGAGAAGAAGAGAUACCGUGCGGAGCAGCAGAGAUUCGAAUUGAAGCAUUCCAGACAGCUGGAGGAGGUGCGUGCCCAGAGCGACGCGACGAUCAAGGAGCUGGAGCAGUUGCAGAACGAGAAGCGGAAGAUGCUGAUGGAGCACGAGACGCUCAAGCUGAAGGAGCAGGAGGAGGCUUACGGUAAAGAGCUCCGUGAGUGGAAAGCGCAUCUUAAACCCCGCAAGCAGAAGGUAGAAGCUGAUCUGGCGGCUGAUAUGGAAGCAUUGGAAAAGCGCUACCAAGACUAUUUGCCUUCUUCUGGUCUUAGUGGUCUCUCUUUUCCCUUUUUCGACUAUUCUAAAAUCAAACUUGAAGAACAGUUCGCGUUACAGUUGGAGGAGCAGGAAGCGAUUUACGGGCCCAGUGCAAUACCGUUGUGCUUGCCGGCCGAUCUUCCCGACCUGACGCACCACACGACCGAGUCGACGCGUAGCUCGUUGUCUUCCGUAAGCGAGGGCUGAGGCGGCGUCCCAAGGAGUUAUACGAGAGAACGUGUACAUAGCUUUGCGUAACUUCGCAUUCAGGCGUCUCCGCAGCGUGCACGUGGGACAGACAAUCGGCGUGUCUCCGCGCGCCGAUCGUCACCUACGGCUCACGUACGUGUAUAUAUACAUAUCGCGACACUCGUCCUAGAACUGAAUACUUUUUUUCUAGCUGGACGUGGGCGCGUGACUCCGUGUCGUCCGUACGUGUGAAUAAAUAAUCGAGCCACUCGGGAGUAGCGGCGGUGUUUCGAAAUCUUUUACUCGUUUGCGAUUCUUGGCUGUCGUCGAGACGCGAAGUAACGGCGCGGCGUCGUUGAAGCAGAGAGCACCGUUUAACCGAAAUUCAACCGAAACGCAAUAAUAGCCCGCAAUGAUACCAGGCUCUCGAAUCUGGACGCAGGUACUACUCGGCGAAUGCUAUACCGAAGAAGCCAGUUCACGUUUGAUACUAGAAUUAUACCUUGUUCGAAAUGUGUCUGUAUAAAUUGUUAUAUAUUUAUAUACUUUGAUAGCGAUAUGCGCACGCAUUGGUACACUUAAAUUAAUCCGCCCAAUACCCAAGACCCGCGGUCUUACCGCGAAACGCGAAAGACAUGAAAUACUCGGUCGAGGGGUGCCGAGCGCGUCCCUCGCACGUGUUGCCUACGGUGUAAGAACGUUAAUCACGUCUGUUAAUGCCAAUUUAACCGGUAAUUACUUUGUAAGGGAGGAUAAUCCAUCGCGACCACGUUGUUAUGUAUGUACGUAUGUUUAUAGGGAAGCUGCGUAACGUUUUACAGUUACAUACAAUCCACAAGCAUGGAAUGUAUAUUUUCGACAUUUCGUAUCUCGAGGAGCCGUAAUACCAAUUCGGUGGACACGAUCGCGGCACCGUUUGGGGACACAAAUCGGAAAUUUGCAACGUUACGUUUGUUUAUACAGUAGCGCGGUAGCGUUAGGCGGCAAGUAAUAUAAAUCGCCCGACUUGUUUUAAAUGAUUAUGAUUUUGAGAGAAGAGGUAUUACAUAUACAUAUAUAUAUAUAGUGAAAGAGAGAGAGAGAGAGAAUCGCUGGAUGUACAUGGUAAACGUCAUGUAAUAAUGUUAAGCCGUAGUCACCAUGUUCGGUUAUAUAGUUACGUUAUUUAUAAAAAAAAGUUUAUAGUAGCAACGCGAGUAUUCUACUUCAGACAAAUAUUUUAGUAAAUAUCGGUAAACUCGAAUUACUUUGUUCCUUGAUCCUUGCGCUGUUUCUCUCAAAUACGUAAAGUGGAAAGCGACAGAUUCCCGAAUUGUUUACUGUAGAUCGUACCAUCAUCAAAAUGCAUCGAUGUGGCAAACGAUUGUAGCAUAUAUUUUCCAAAUUUGUAAUUGCCUAGAGAACAUGUAUGUUCGAACACGCGCGCAUUUCCUGCGAGGAAUUUGUUUAUUCAAAUUAAAGUGAAAUUAAAAAAUUCUGAGUACGUAGGAAGGAUUUGAUGAAUUAGAUGAAUCAUAGAAGGAACAAAGUAAUCUGGUUUUACAAUUGCACUAAAAAUCAAAGGAUAACACCAAAUAUACAUACAUUGUACGUUUGCAUGGCUGUGUAGCCUGAUGACGUUCUAGAGAAUCUCUCUUUAAUGCAUACUUAAAACGAGCAUGCGUGGCUAAUGCGAGUUGUAGAUAAAGAUUACUUGUAAAAAAUAUCUUUUUUUUUAUUGUAAAUUACUUCUCGCUACAACGUUAAUUAGUUUUGAUGUGCAGGAUGUCUCCCGAAUUUGUUAAACGUCCCCUUCGAUCGACCACUUGUUUAAUCGCCUCAACAUUAUUUUUUCUGAAAAGAAAAGAUAAAAAGCGGGAGACGCAGUAAAGAUGAGACAUCCUGCAUGUACGUUUCGAUUUGUUUCGAGGAGUUUCGUGUACAUAGUAUUCCGAUGAAUUGCUUAAGUAUCGAGGAACUGUAAUCUAGUAUGAAUAUCAUGUUGCAAUGAUUCACUGAGAAACCAGGUUUUCUUUCCUUCAUCAAUAAAUACCGUGUAUAUCUCGUC